AUGUUCAGUAUGGAACGGAACCGACGAACCACCAAUAUCGUCCCCGGACGAGUGAGUUGUAUCCCGAUCGCUACCUUAAAAUAACCUCAGUUUUCAGCGUAUGAUCACAGACAAAGUAGCGUACCACAACGCAGGAAUAGCUGAGGAUCGAUCGUACAUGACCGAAGACACCUUUGUAUGUAAACAUUUUCGCUAAUGGAAUAACUAUUAUUUUUAGAUCAAACAUGCGUCGAUGAAUUCUACGCGUGACGACGAUGAACGAAACUGGAAAAAAGAAGGGUUAUCCGAUAACGAAAUUUUAAGCAGACAAGAAGCACGAGCUUACAAAAAGCAUUCAGAUGUAAGCGAAUGAGAGAAACGUCGAAAAAAGUGGAAUUAUUCAGGCCGGAGCUCGCCUCGAGAGAGAAAAAUUCGGAGCCAAGAAUUUCGACGAGUUGAUGAACUUGUCAGAGUACUCGGAACGUGAAAGUGAUGAUGAGAAUGAGGAGAAAAACGAGAAAACAACAGAGAAAAGUCAAAAGAAGACUAACGCCUUUGCCAUCCCCUCGCUCCCAAAACAUUUGAGCGAAAAGUCAAUGCUGAGUUCGCCGAAUACUGCCACAAAAGGGGUUUGCAAAAAGAACCAGGCUGUGUUAUGUUUUUGAUUUACUUUUUUCAGAGCGGAAAAGCCGGGCUCAGUUGCUCAACGCCUGUCGGAGGAAAAGACGUUUCGAUGCGUUCGUUGAGAACUCUGGACAUUUCGCUUGUUGUCAAUACGGACAAAUUAGAUUCGAGAAGAGUGGUGAGAGACUGUGAAAAUUGAGAUUACAGGGAGAAAAUAUUCAGACGGUACACAACAAGCAAGUGAUCAUUCCACCCUUGAUUGAGCAGGAUACCGAGUCGUCAGCGCAGAAGACACACACCAUCGACAAGUCGCGGGACUCCGACCUGCAGGGGGCUUUUACAGUUCCUCAGGACAGUCUUCAGAAAACAUUCACGAAAACCGACAGUCUCCAAGGAACAUUCGUGAAAGAGACGGAGAGAGCGUCAAUGGCUCAUCUGACAUUCUCAGAAAGCCCUCAAAGAAUCCCGGUGAAAGAAGUGGAAGCGGCACAAGAUGCUGAAAGUAUUCAAGGCACUUUUACGAAAGAAGCUCGUGAGGAAGAAACGGAAAGUCUUCAAGGAGCCUUUGUGAAGCCAUCUGACGCAGCUGGAGGAGACAACAAUGAAAGUAUGCAUGGAACAUUAGUUCUUACGGACAAGGUAAUUAGAUUAGAGUUCCCGCCUUUUCUCAGUGGUAAUUUCCAGGACAUCACUUCUUCGCCGACUCCUCAGAACAACUCGGCUCUUCGAGAAACGGUAAACGAAAAAGUUCCGAUCAUUGAGAACACUAUCGAAGGAGGUGAUAAAAAACGAUCGAAAAAAGUGAGUCUGGAGGAAAGGAAGCAGCGUACAGCCAACAUGACGAGCCAGUUGAUGGAGUCCAUGAUGAUCGACAUGCCCUCUCCAGGAGCUAUCAAUUUCAAAACCUCCCGUAAGAAGAUGAGACCAACUCUCGCGACGCCACCAAGAUCAAAGAUUGCAAGCCGACUGAGCACGGAUUCGGACAAAGAGAAAACAAUUGAAAUGCUGUCGAUAGCCGAGGAAGCAACGGUUGGUGUGGAGUCGAACGGAAAUUCGUAUGUCGACCCGGUCUCCGUGAAUGGAUCUCAUAUUUCGCCAAUUCCCGAAAAAGACGAAUCAAUUGCCAUGGACACUACAUUGCAAUUCACACCGAAGUGAAUUUUCAAUCGAUUUCGAAGAUAUAACAUUAUGUUUUCAGGUCGAGUAGACGUAACAUCAGCAUUCGGGAAAUGGAAUCGGUAGAGCGUGUCCGGGCGCUGAUGAAAAGUUCUGGGCGUAUUUCGGCUCUACCCGCCACUCUCCAUACGUCCGCAUCUACGUCGAAAUCUAAUCACAACUAUGCGAAACCAACUAUCUCAUCAUUGGCGAAAAACAUGAAUAUCGAGGAGUGCAACGAGUUGCUGAAAACCGAAAAAUUGAACAGAAUAACGACUCCGACUCAUGCGCCGGUCAAAACUCCCAGCACAAGAAGACAAGUUGAGCACGAAGAAGACGAGGAAGAAGAGAAAGAGAAAGAAGAUGAAGUGAUGAAGACCAUGGAAGAAAGAACGAGAACGCCAGCUUUGCGAGAUGAGACUGAGAAAGUCGACGAAGAAUCGAACAGCCGUUCGAUGAGCAACGUGGAGGAUGCGAUGAAUACUCUUUCUGUCAGAGACCAGCACAGAAUGCUGGAAGACUUUGAUUACGGAUACGAUGACCAACAGCAAGAAGAUCUUGACCGUGAAGAUUCGGACGAUUCGUUGCCAGCUCCUAAGCAAAUCAGGAGACCGAAACGAGGAGUGGCACUGCUCAGUGAGCCGCCAAUUCAUCGUUCCAAUCUGAAUUCCUAAUUUCAGGUGAUUCGAUUUCUUCUGUGAACACUCCGGGAAUCGAACGCCGUUCGAAUAGAUACAGAACCGUGAACAACAAUACAGUGGUUAGCGACAGUUGGGUCUCUCAACAUGAUGAUCCUCCCAGAGGUCGCAGACAGAGAACUCAACAGAUGGGAAUGCAACUUGCCAAGAGACAGAUCAGUUAGUUUUCUCAAAGUUUCUUCAUUAAAUUGAAACGGUUUUCAGUCGAACCAGAGCGAGCUCCUGAUGGUUUGAGACGGUCGACUCGUACUCGCAUGAAGCCGGUCCGUUCGUGGCUCGGAGAGCAGGCGAUCUACGUGCAGUCGCCGAGUGGAGGAAAACGAUUGAAAGGAGUGAACGAUGUGAUAAUCAAGGACAAACGCCUUUGCAAAUUCAGAACUGCGGAUGUGAUUAUGGCCACGGAAAGAGAGCAAAGAAUGAAAGGUACGAAAAUGGGACACAGGGAAAGAGACAUUAAUAGAUGAUAAUUGCAGCCGCGAAGAAGGCUCGUGCGGCUGAAAGAAGGCGUCGUUUGGCACUGGAUCAGAGCAUGGGACGCAGGUUGAACGAGUCGCAGGACGAAAUCGUCACUUCAGAUGAUGACGAAUGA